CUCUCUCUCUCUCCUCUUCGAAAGCUUCAUAUCCCCUGCCUACGUUUUCUUUCUCUUUUCUUUGUUCUUCCAAAACAAUAUAUUUUCCAGUGAAAAACACACACACUCACACCCACAAGCUUCAUAUCACCCCAAUUUUAUUCCAUAUACACACACACACAUAUAUCUCUCGUUUUAUAAUUCUUUGUUUUGAUUAUAUAUACACACAUAUAUAAAUAUACUUGAACUCCCAAUUCGUGUUGUUCUACAAACAUUCAAUCCAAAUUCCUUUGUCUUUUGGAUCCGCAUUAAAGAUUUCACUCAACACACAUAAAACAUUCGAUCAUUUUUAUCAAAAAAAAAGGGAAUUUGACAAUUUGAAGUUUAGGGCUUUGCUGUGAAAUGUUAGUGUAUGGUGGAUUAUCAGGGUUUUGUAACUUUUUUUGGAUUGCCCAUUUGGUUAAUCGGUUGAAAUUGAUUUGAAAGAGGACAUAUGGCUCUUAACAAAAAUCUUCCUCCCAAUGAACCACCUACUACUGGGAGUUCAAAAUCAUUAACUGUUUCCAGUAAGGUGAAGGGGAGAGCUCAAAUUGUUAAUGUAGACAGACAUGUUAAUGAAGCUGGAGCAGAAAUUGACCUUCGGGAGGUCUACUUUUUGAUUAUGCAUUUCUUAUCAGCUGGCCCAUGUCACCGGACCUAUGGGCAAUUUUGGAAUGAACUCCUUGAGCAUCAACUUUUGCCACGAAGAUAUCAUUCUUGGUAUUCUAGAAGUGGUAUUACAAGUGGGGAUGAAAAUGAUGAUGGGAUGUCUUUCCCAUUGAGCUACAAUAAGUUGGUGGAGAGGUAUCCUCACAUAGAGAAGGACCAUCUAGUAAAGCUGUUGAAGCAACUCUUAAGUGGUGCGGCCUCUCCUUCACAUGGUCUCAUUAGUGGGAUUCCUUCAAAUGCUGCUUCUGUUCCUACACUUUUGGGAACUGGUUCCUUUUCACUUUUGACUGUCACAGAUGAUGCGAAGAAUCGAAACAAUCAAUGGAGCCGCCCUCCAGGGUUCAUGCGUUGGCCCCAUAUGCAAGCUGAUCAGGUGCGUGGACUUGGGCUAAGAGAAAUUGGUGGAGGGUUUGCAAGGCAUCAUCGUGCACCGUCCAUUCGGGCCGCUUCUUAUGCCAUUGUGAAACCAUCUACCAUGGUUCAAAAGAUGGAAAAUCUUAAAAGGCUUAGAGGCCAUCGAAAUGCAGUGUAUUGUGCAAUAUUUGACCGAUUAGGAAGAUAUGUUAUCACUGGUUCGGAUGACCGCCUUGUGAAGAUUUGGUCAAUGGAAACUGCAUAUUGUUUGGCCAGCUGCCGUGGACAUGAAGGUGACAUUACAGACCUUGCUGUGAGCUUUAACAACGCCCUAGUUGCUUCUGCAUCAAAUGACUGCAUUAUACGAACUUGGCGAAUACCUGAUGGACACCCAAUUGCGGUUCUACGUGGUCACACAGGGGCAGUUACAGCCAUUGCCUUCAGUCCCAGAGCAGGCUCUACGUAUCAGCUACUCUCGUCGUCUGACGAUGGUUCGUGUAGGAUUUGGGAUGCUAGACACUCUCAGUUCAGCCCACGGAUAUAUAUCCCUAAGCCUCCUGAACCUCAAGCUGGGAAAAGCAAUGGCCCAUCAACAUCAAGUUAUGUUCCGCAAACUCAUCAGAUAUUUUGCUGUGCAUUCAAUGCUAGUGGAAGUGUUUUUGUCACUGGAAGUUCUGACACUUUUGCAAGGGUUUGGAAUGCCUGCAAAACUAACAAUGAUGAUCCAGAGCAAGCCAAUCAUGAGAUGGAUAUUUUAGCGGGACAUGAAAAUGAUGUUAACUAUGUACAGUUUAGUGGGUGCACUGUGACUGCUAGAUUAUCUCCAUCUGACACCUCAAAGGAAGAAAACCUUCCGAAAUUCAAGAAUACAUGGUUUACCCAUGACAACAUUGUUACGUGUUCUCGUGAUGGCAGUGCAAUUAUUUGGGUUCCAAAGUCACGUAGAUCUCAUGGAAGAGUUGGACGUUGGACUCGAGCAUAUCACUUGAAAGUUCCUCCACCUCCAAUGCCCCCUCAACCACCACGAGGGGGUCCGCGUCAACGGAUUCUUCCUACCCCACGUGGUGUUAACAUGAUUGCCUGGAGCCUUGACAAUCGUUUUGUACUUGCUGCGAUCAUGGAUUGCAGAAUAUGUGUGUGGAAUGCUGUAGAUGGUAGCCUGGUCCAUUCUCUAACAGGCCACAGUGAAUCUACUUAUGUUUUGGAUGUUCAUCCUUUCAAUCCACGGAUAGCUAUGAGUGCUGGUUAUGAUGGAAAAACGAUAGUGUGGGACAUAUGGGAAGGACUACCUAUUCGUGUAUUUGAAAUCGGACGUUUCAAGCUAGUUGAUGGAAAAUUUUCUCCGGAUGGGACAUCCAUUAUACUAUCGGACGAGGUUGGUCAGCUAUAUAUAUUGAGCACUGGUCAAGGAGAGGCACAAAAAGAUGCCAAGUAUGAUCAGUUUUUUCUUGGAGAUUACCGACCCUUAGUUCAAGAUGCAAAUGGGAAUGUUCUUGACCAGGAAACACAACAACCUCCCUAUCGAAGAAAUAUGCAAGAUCUUCUUUGUGAUUCAGGCAUGAUUCCAUACCCGGAGCCUUACCAAAGCAUGUACCAGAAAAGACGGCUAGGAGCUUUGGGGUUAGAAUGGAGGCCAUCUUCAGUCAGAUAUGCUGUAGGAACUGACAUCAGUCUUGUUGACCAAGAGUACCAAGUGCCUCCAAUUGCUGACUUGGAUAUUUUGGACCCACUUCCAGAGUUUCUUGAUGCCAUGGAAUGGGAACCGGAAAUAGAAGUACAAACUGAUGAAAACGAUUCAGAGUAUAAUGUGACAGAGGAGUAUCACUCUGGAGGAGAGCAAGGAAGUUUGAGUUCCAAUGUGUCUGCUAGCCUUGAAGGAAGUGGAAGAGAUAGUGACGAUCAAAGUUCUUGUGAUGAAACCACCCGCAGGUCUAAAAAGAAAAAGUUGAUGGCAGAAGCUGAGGUCAUGACUUCUUCAGGAAGACGUGUAAAGAGGAGGAAUUUGGAUGGUGAGGAGACUUCACUUAGAAACAACAGAAGUAGAAAGUCAAAAGUUGGUCAAAAGUCCUCUAAAAAGAAGUCAUCUCAGCACAAAUCUGGAAGGCCUAGGAGGGCCGCUGCACGCCAUGCUCUAAGUUUUCUAUCUAAAAUAAGUGGAAGAGCCUCAGAUGGAGAAGAGGAUGUUCUAGAAGGUGGUUCAUUUGAAAGUUAUUCCAGUCAGCAAGAAACCGAUGCUGGAAGUGACGAAACGGAAAUUUCAUAUGAAAAUGAACAAAACGAGCAUGUGUUGAAAGGCAAACAAAUAGUAUCUGAAAAUGUGGAUUCCAAUAAAGAUGCUCCCAAAAAGAGGUUGGUCUUUAAACUUCCCAAUCGAGAUUCGAGAAAACGGGAACUGGUGGGGUCAUCAUCAUUCACGCACCCUCAUGACAUAGAAGGAUCAAGCACGCAUAUAUCCCCGAUUGAUGGAAAUUUUGCAUUUGUUGACAGAGAUGACAAUCUUAACUCAUCUGUGAAAAAAUUGAAUCACUUGAACCUGCUCGAUAGAGACAUUAAAUGGGGAGGGGCAAAAUCUCGCUCAUCAAAACGUUCACGGAUCACUGAACCAAUGUCAUCCUUUGCUAAUUUUGGAAACGAGUCAUGGCCCAAUGGCGGUGUUAAGAUCAAGAAUGUUACCAAUGAAGAACCUACUUUUGAAAAGGAGUUAAUCGGUCCUCCAGAUGUCCAAAUCGAAAAGGGUAAAAUGGUCUAUCCAGACGAGGAACAAGAAAAUGAUGAAGAUAAAGAUACCCCUACACCUAUUCCAUCACAGAUGAAAUUGCGAAUCAUUCCCACAAAGUUAAAGAUUAGAUCAUCAGUACAUGAAUCAAGAAAUGGUACCAUGAUGUCUGAUGGAUAUACUUCAGAUGUCCCUGGUGUAAAACUUACCAAGAUACCCCUAGAAGCUAGUCGGGAUGCUACAGCUAUCAGCUCUGAUGUUCAAGAGUUACAGAAGCCAAAUUCACGUGAUAAGAUGUUCAGAGAGGUAUAUAGACGGUCAAAAUCAACUAGGAAUAGAACAAGUGUAGGUAUUAAUGGUGGAGGAAUGGAAGCAAGCACGUCUAAUGCAGAUAGUAUUAAUCAAGAUGUACAAACUGAAGCAAGAAUCCACGGGACUCGAAGAAAUGUCAACGCAAGGAUUAUCAAGGAUGAACAAAGUGAACCAAGAAUCCAUGGGACUCGAAGAAAUGCCAAUUUGAGGAUUCUCAAUGAUGUUCCUGAAGAUACAUCAAGUAAAGAAAAAUCUUCAAAUGAUGGAAGUGACGAGGCUCCACAAGAAGAGGAUGGAUUAAAUUCAAGACAUAGUGUGGGAUUAAGAUCUACCAGAAGAAGGAGAGCCGUUGACUACAAUCGUAGAAACAAAUCCCCAGAGAAAAAGAAACCACACCAAUCAACGAGAAGUUCGUGGUUGAUGCUUUCAGCUCACGAGGAGGGGUAUCGAUAUAUUCCUCAGUUGGGGGAUGAAGUUGUAUACUUUAUACAGGGUCAUCAAGAUUACAUCAAUAAUAGCAAUUCAAGAGAGAUUGGUCCAUGGAGGUCGCUAAAGGGAGACAUCAGGGACGUUGAAUUUUGUAAAGUCAAAGACUUGGAGUACUCAGCACUCUCAGGUUCUGGUGAAGGCUGCUGCAAAAUGACACUACAAUUCGAGGACCCGACUUCUAAUGUGGUUGGUAAGUCAUUUAAAUUGACUCUUGCAGAAGUCACUGGCUUCCCCGACUUUCUUGUUGAAAGAAGUAGGUAUGAUGCUGCUAUGGAAAGAGACUGGAGGGCCCAUGACAAGUGUCAAGUUUGGUGGAAAAAUGAAAGUGGAGAAAAUGGGAAGUGGUGGAAAGGGCAGAUUGUGGAGGUCAAAGCCAAAUGUGCUGACUUUCCAGAUAGUCCAUGGGAGCGGUUUUCUGUUGAGUAUAAAGAGGAUCCAACUGUGCUUCAACAUAGUCCCUGGGAACUUUAUGAUAGUCGUAUGGUAUGGGAAGAGCCUCAUAUUGAUGAUGAUAUCAAAACGAAGCUAAUUCGUGCUUUGGCAAAACUUGAAAAAUCAGGGAACAAAUCUGAGGAUCAUUAUGGUGUUCAAAAAUUGCGACAGGCAUCACUGUCAUUACCAUUUAUCAACAAGUUUCCAGUGCCUUUGACCCUUGAAAUAAUCCAAUUAAGACUAGAAAACAACUACUACAGGAGACUUGCAGCGAUGAAGCAUGAUGUUGAAGUGUUGCUAGAGAAUGCAGGAAGUUUCUUUCGGAAAAACAAAGAGGGCUCGCUAAAGAUGAGACGUUUAUCAGACUGGUUUACAAGGACACUUUCGUCUUUGUAGGAUUACUCUUCAAUAAUACACAGUUUUGUAGAGAUCCCUGAAAAAGAAUUCAGAUCGUCUAUAAUUGCCUUUAUUUUCUUUUGUAGAUAAAUUGUGACUUGCAAAUUCUUUAUCGCUGCCUUUAAUCUUAUUCUGAAACAAGUUGAAUUAGUAGAGUUUAGAGAGCUUUUGGCACUGAGACUGCUUUAGUUGGUAAAGUUUUAGGUUUUUAGGAAAUUCAAUUGUAUAGACUAUAGACAGACAUAAUCUUAAGCAAUCUAACAGGAAGUGAAUAUAUUUCAAGCCUUUACAGAA